AUGAGUUGCCCGCUUAUGAUGGCUAUCAUGAUCUCUGCUAAGGUACUGAAGGUGCUUUGUGUGUGCUAGUGCUCCCUGUGUAUGAUCAGAGGAUGUUUUUAACUCAUCAUGUGCAGGUUAUCAGACUUAAUGCAUGUUACUAGUAGUUUGCUGUUUUAUCACUUUAUAAGUCUGGGUAAAAAUAAAACAACCUGUAUUAUUUUUAUCACAGCUUUGUUCACAUAUGCCAUACAAGUGUCAUAUUGCUUUUAAGCUCUUCUAUGCAGAUGUAAACGAACAAAUAUGACAGAUAGCAUCUCAUAGCAGGGCACCGUUUGGUAGUACAGGAAAUGUAUUCAAUUCUGAGUUUCUUUACCUUCUCCAUCUCAGCGCACUGACAUUCUGUCUCUUACUGCACAGUUUUGGAGCACGCAGUACCUUUGAAGUUACUCUCUCUUUAUGUUACAUUUACAAAAUGUCCAUUCACUGUCCCCCUACCUCCCCAGCAGUAGAAGGAAUACUGAGUCAAAACCUGAGAGUCAAAAAUGUUUUCAAGGAAUCCAAACAAAAAUGCGUUGGUCCAUUAAUCAGUCAAAGCAGCCCAGAACUGUAACAUCGAACUAAAACCAGAUGUCUCAGUAAGUCUUUUUAAAAUUCAUCUAUUCAAAUUUGUGCUUUUUUUAAUCCAGAUUCUUUUUAAAGAAUUUUCUUUAUUCCUACCAACAGACCUGGAAAUAUUAGAGGGCACUCUGAUGAACUUGUCUAACAGAAAAUAUUUACACCAGAAAUAACAACAUGUACUAUCUCGGGGUAGGAAAUGUACUGCCUUGAAAUAUCUCCCUUGCAGGGCAAAACAUUGUGAUUUUCCAUGAUAAGUUUUUUUUAGAGGGGAACAGAUUUUUAAAAAGAUUUUAAACUUUUUUUAAAACACUGAUCAAGAUAGAACAACCCAGAGGUUUCCAUGUGUUACCUGAUCUCUGUUUCCACAUGUCAGUCCAGCUGGUGGCAGUAAUUCACCUACUCAAACCUAAGCUUCUUGUUUGCAAACUGCCAAUAAACACGUUUAAGGAAAAGAAAGGAAAAGAGAACGUAGAAGGAGAUCCAUAUAAGCUUUAUUUGAUCAGAAAAGAAGCAGUUUGAAUAAGUGUGAAAAGUCUAUCGCGGUUUGUGGUUUGGUGUUACCUUUCAAGGUUUCCACAGAAGAGAAAUACUUUUGAAUUGAGUCAGAAAACUGCCCACACAUCCCUGGUGGGAUUAAUGUUGAAAGAGUUGCCAUUUAUAGUUUCCAAACACAACCCAAAUGCAGUUUCUGGCUGUUUGAUUCAUGAUAAGUGAAUUAGCUUUCAUGAUUCUCUGACUUCAUCAACACCGGUCCAAAUUCCUCUCUUUUCUCUUUGAACUUUUGCUCAAGACUCAUCUUAUGACUCCUUGUUUUCCUCUUAUCCAGUUCUCCAGACUUGUUGAUAUCAUCAUGUUAAGACACCGAAACAUCAUCCUGUCCUCACAUGUCCAACCUGGGUAAGAGACGGCUUCUGAGUCCAACGGCAUCACUGACACUUUAUUCACGCAGACAAAACAGCUGAUGAUAUCUGACCUACAUCUCUUUCAAUCACAUAGAGACCUUUAUGAAAGAUCUGAUAAGAUUCACUCACACAAAAGUAAGUUGAAAAAAUUGCAUCAUGUCCCACAGGUUUUAUUACAAACCUAAAUGCUGACAUGUCUUACUUCCAGAUGGGCUUUUACAAAUAUUGUAUGUUUAUCAACUUCAGUGAUUUCUGUAUGUUUUUCCCAACUUUUAGAUCCAGGUUGAUUAUCAGAUUUAACACAUUAAAUCUCAGUGGAGUAAAUACAUUUUCAUUAAAUGAUUUUUUCAAAAUGCACAACAAAAGACCAGAGUAAAGUGAGAAUCUUGCAUCAUCUAAAAUCAACAGAGUAGGCAUUGUUUAACAGAUACUUAGCUCAGUAGCAGGACCUCAUUACGGGUUUUUUAGAAUAAUUUGAGAUUUUUUUUAAGUCAUAAACUUAUGAUUGAAACUCUAAUGUUACAAGAUUAAAGUCAUAAUGUCUUAUUCAUUCAUUCUUGUCAGAAAAUGAUUUUACUACAACUUGAUUCUCUUAAAAUGUGACUUAAAAGACAUCUUGAAAAUCUUUAAAAGAUAUAUUUUUUUAAGAGUGGCUGUGUAAUCUGUCUUUAAGACAGGCCACACUCAAAUAAACUUAACACUAGAUAAAUGAAGGGCUAAAGAUACGGUGGCCCUGAAGGGUCAACUGCAUGAACAUUCACGCAACAAACUGAAGUUCACUAAAUGCUACAAAAUUUUAGGAAAACAGAGAUAAUUUAAUUAAAUUCAAUAAAGACAAACUUCUUAAAGUCUUAAAGUAUUUCUGUUUUUUUUUAAGUCAAUUGACUUAGUUCGGAUUUUAUAGAAUAUUAAUGCAAUUUUUAAAACUUGUUUUUAUGUUUCAAAAAAUUCUUUUGUACGACAUAUUUUUUUGUAAUUCAGUGUUUUUUUUUUUGUUUUUUUUUUAGAUGACAUUUUUGCAGUUUACCUGCAGGGCCUCAAACUCAUUUCAGAUAAAUAUGUGUUAGCAGAGUUAACAGGAUUACAGAGCCAAACAAAAAGAAGUUUAAAGAGACAUUGUCGACUUAAGCCAGUUCCUACUGCAUAUCUUUGAGAAAGGGGCUUUUUAUCUAACAAGCUUUUUAACUUAUUUUUUUCACAACCUUUGUCAUGGCCUCUUGUGAUCUGUUAUUUGUUGUCACCUUACAGGUUUUACACCCAAUCAAGUUUGACAUUUUUUAAACAUUAACUUCACCUGGGGCCACAAACAUGAGAUCAAACUCAAGUCUGGAGUUUGUUUCUGAAAAGGUUUCCUCUUCUCCUUUUUCAGGAGCCUUCCAGUCAUAG